AAUAAUAAUAAUAAAAAAAAUAAAAAUUAAAAAAAAAAACACCGCUUCCCCUCUCCAUCCCCAGCAGCCCCAACACGGGUGGAGGAUCCCCACGGUGUGUGUGUGUCCCACCCCAAAAAAUAAAAAAAAAAAUAAAAAAAAUUAAAAAAAAAUAAUAAAUAAUAAUAAUUAAAAAAAAAACACCGGGGGCAUGACCUCCCCGCCCCCACCCGGUCCCCUCUGCCCUCCGGGCCCCCCCAUCUCGCUGUGGACGGUGGUGGCCGCGGUGCAGGCGGUGGAGAGGAGCCUGGAGGCGCACGGAGCCCGGCUGCUGGGGCUGGAGAGGAGGACGGGGAAGGCGGAGAAGAAAUCCGUGGACUGCCAGAGGACGGUGGUGGAUUUCGGCAAGCGGCUGGAGAGCAAGCUGGCCCUGCUGGGCACCCUCGUCCAGGAGUACGGCCACCUCCAGCAGCGCCUGGAGAGCGUGGAGAACCUGCUGAGGAACGGGAACCUCUGGGUGCUGCGCCUGCCCCCCGAUCCCCGCGGAGAGGUGCCCAAGGCUCCAGAAGGGUUCGACAGCAGCGCCGCCGGCUUCUCCGAGCCGGAGUGGGAGAACCUGGAGGAAUGGCAGAGGGAGCUGUACAGAAACGUGCUGAGGGGGAGCGGCGAGUCUCUGAUCUCUCUGGAUUACGCCGUCUCCAAACCCGACCUCCUGUCCCGGCUGCAGAGAGAGGUGCGCUGCGAUGAGGUGGAUUUGGGAGAGAGGGAGAUUCGUGUGGAGCCGAGCGCAGCAGAAUCUCUGGUGUUUAGACCUGAUGCAAGCAGCCAGGACACUAAAGGAGGCGUGCAGUGCCCGGCAGGACAGGAGAACCUGGAGGCAAAAGCAGUGCUGGCAGAGCCCACAGCCGCAGAGUACGGCGUCCCCGAGCCGAGCUUCGCAGGCGCUCUGAAGCAAGAGGACGAGGCGUGCACGGAGGAGCAGGGAGCCACGGAGGACAUGGAGUUCACUGAGCUCAGCGUGGUCCCAGCAGACGAGGUGAUAGCGUUCAAAAUAGAGCAGCUGGACUCCGACGAGUGCCUGCAGAGCUCCGAGCCCCCCGCAGCUUUAUCCAGGGAUGAGGAGGAGGUGGUUUUCCAGGGUCCCAGCGAGGCGCUGCCCUUCGAUGGUCAGUACGGCUCUCCUGUGCCCCUGGGACACCUGAGCACGAGCAGGCUGGUGCCGUCCGCUCACGGGGAAGGUGGCCUGGGCGAAAUCAGCGCCGUCACGUUCUACAGGCAAGAGCGUCCCGAGGAGAGACCCCACUCCUGCGCCGCCUGUAGGAAGGGCUUGUGUCUGAAGAAGAUGCUGAUGAUGCAGCAGCAGGGGCACGGCACGCUGUGCGGGGCCGAGUACCCGGAGGACGGGGAGGUUUUCCUCCAGCAGCAGCACCAGGUGGAAGACGGGUCCCGCGUGGGCAGGGGGAGCUUCAGGCAGAAGCAGAACGCAAAAGGCAGGGACAAGGCGCGUGGCACCGACAAACCGAGCCAGAAGAGCCACGCUCCGGGAAGGGCUUACAGGUGCAACAAGUGCCAGGAGCUCUUCCCCCAGAAGAAAACCCUCAUCAUCCACCGGCGCGUGCACUCGGGGCGCAGCCCAGGCGUCCUCUGGUGCUCCUACUGCGGCAAGACCUUCAGCCACCCCUCCAACCUCACCCGGCACCAGAGGAUCCACACCGGGGAGAGGCCGUACCAGUGCGGCGAGUGCUCCAAGCGCUUCACCCAGAAGCAGCACCUCCUCCAGCACGAGAAGAUCCACCUGCGGGAGAGGAGCUGCGUGGCUGGCGGUCGCGCGAGGGAGGCGCCGCUGCACGGCUUCUAGGGGUGGAAGAGGUAAGGGAGGAGAGAACCUCUGCUGCUCAGCGCUGAAAUCCCUCCAGCGAUUUAUCCCAAAGGUCCAAGCAAAGUAGAAUUAGGAUCCGACUUGGCACUGCUGCCCUCUUCGUCGUGGUGGCGAUGGCACGCCGUAAUACCUCAUAGAGAACCCAAAAUCUCUUAAGAAUAAAAGAGUCUGGGGCCUCUCCAGGUUUGAAUCAGUUACCUGAGCUGGCUACAAACAGCAAGGUGAGGUUUUUGGAAGGAGCUGCUCUUUGCCUGGAGUUUCCCCGGCUGCUCUCCUGGAUGAACUUCUGCUGUGCUCAGUUUCAUGGGCAGGUUUGAGUCACACGUUUGCAAAAGACUCCAAGCAACUGAACACGUGCACGAGGUGGGGGCUGGCUCAUGGCUUGCACGGAUGCCCCACGUGCCAAAGAGGGGCGGCUGCUCAGUUCCUAGCUCUCCAUGCACAGGCCAAGUGACAUUUUUAUUGCUGCUGCUGCUCGGGAAGCUCACUCGAAAUACAGCUUCAUCUCCUGGAGCGGCUGAGGUUGGGGGCACCUCAGGGUCCAUCCAGUCCAACCCCUGCUCCUGCAGGGCCACCCAGAGCUGGUGCCACACAUCCCGGUGGCUUCUGAAGAUCUCCAAGGAGGAGACUCCCCAGCCUCUCGCAAUUCCUUCUCUAAAAUCAGAUUUACUUUUCUGAAAACUGCAGCGGUAGGGCCACCAUAUGCCCUGAUGCGUGAGGUUGUUCUGACGUGCACUGGGUCCUGCUCCGCUGGAGACUGGGUUUGUAGUGCAGGAACUGCGGGGAAUUCGCUUCGUUGCCUCCUCCUGAGACCUGCAGGACUCCCAGUGGAACUGAGAGGGGAAAGGACUCGUAAGCCAGAGGCAGUGCACAGCUGUACGUUGGGAUAACUUUCUGCUCACUGCCUGCACGUUAACACUUCUCUUUGUAUGUCACUAUCGUCUUCAUCUCCCUUCCCUCCUGUUAGCUUGGGGUUGAUAUUUUUUUUUUGCAUUAUAUCCCCAAAUGAAAUGUGUUUAACAAAUACAUCAUGCAACUUCAGGGCUGGUGCUGCUGCCUGACCUGCUUGAAAGCUGCUGCAGGUUCUCCCCAUCACUCACCAGGCUUUACAAACCCCUCUGUCGCUGCCUGGUCCCUGCUUUUGGCCAAGAAGUGAGGUCCCUCUCCAGGUCCUCGCUGUUCAUAGCCGCCUGCUCUGAUCCAUUUAAGCUAACCCGAUGCUUGCAGAAUCCAGAGCAGGUCAGGGUGAACGUGCUGCGAGCCUGUGCUGCGGGACAGAGCUGGCACAAAGCCCCUGGCAGGAGUGCCAGCCGCUGCAGGUGUUUGCCUGCUGACAUCUGCCUACAGCCUCUUCUCGCCUUGGUGCCGCUGAGGUCUUUGAUCUCUCAGCCUCUGACGUGUCUGAGUGGGUCUGUGUGCGGUGAGCCUCUCUGCCUGUAGCCGUUUGGGUGUUUUUUUAACAAAUAUGAGGUCUGUGGGGACAGAGGGUUCCGUAUUUCAUCAUUUCUCGGGGUUCAGUGGCCUCUUGCUGCUAUCAAUCUGGUCCACGUGCGUUCUUUCUCUCCGCUAUUUGACGUGCUGAAGGAAAAAAGCAGUGCAGGGCAUUCGAUACCCAGACAGCUCGUUUGGGGCUUGUUCAACAGGCAGGUGAGCUAAUCAGUCCUCCAGUGGUUUCCUGCUGCCUGGUGAAGCUGCUUGUCUCCCUUUCACCUUUUUUUGUUACCAGACUGUGAGCCUUCGGGGCAGGGAACACGUUUCUAUCUGUGUGCGAAACGCCAGUUACAUCUACGGCAGCAGAUACUUGAUUUUUUGAUAAUAAUGACAUGAAACUUGAACGGAUUAAAGUGUGAAGUCCUCGGUG